AUGAUAAAUCCCAACGAUCUGAAAGUCCUCAUCAACGAGGCCCUCGGCACCACGCACCGUCCGAUUCCAUGGACGAUCAUCCUGGCGUCCGCCGCCGCGGGCUGGUAUCUGCUGUCCUGGCUGCUUCAGCCCAAGUCCCGCUACCCCAUCAUCAACGCCCCGAAAACCAGCUGGACCUCAAUCCCUGCCAAGAUCGAGUACUUGAAGAACACAAAGCACUUGAUCAUCGAAGGCUAUCGUAGGUCCUCCGGGCCCUUCAAAUUGCAGACCGAACAUGGCAUCAGCGUCGUGUUGCCGCCGUCAGCCCUCAAGAUGGUCGACAGGAGUGAAAUCGGUCUCUCUGGGCCCGAGUUCCUCAGACGCAGAUUCCUGUCAACUUAUACCACAUUUCAAGCCAUGGGUAAUCCGCCGCACGACUUGCUCCCGGAAGCGGUGCUCAGAGGCUUGACGAGAAGCUUGCCCAAAUUCACCAAACCGCUCUCCUUGACCAUGAACGACUGUCUCGCAUCGUCCUGGGGCUCAGCCUCGGACUGGCAAGAACGGGCGCUAAUGGAUGACACCCUGCUCUGGGUCGCUCGUCUCUCGACACGCGUCUUCCUCGGCGAAAGGUUCGUCCAGAAUGCCGAGUGGAUCCGCAUUGCUCAGGAGUACACGAUUGACUUCAUGACCGCCACUGCUAUUUGCGGUUUCGUUCCCGCUCUCAUCCGGCCGCUGUUCGUGCUGGGCCUGCCAUGGUGUCGGAAGCUGCGACGGGACCACGCGAUCUGCGAGCGGAUGUUUGGGCCGGUGUUUGCGGAGCGGGAGGCUGAAAUUGAAGCCGCGCAGCGGGAAGGUCGAGUUCCGGAUCUCCCAGACGACGCAAUCGAGUGGUGCCGGAACGCGGGCAAAGGCAGAAAGUACCCCCAGUUGAACUCCCAGCUCACGCUAUCAAUCGCUGCCAUUCACACGACCAGCGAUUUGCUGGGUCAAACAGUGCUGAACCUCUGUGUGCACCCAGAGUUGUUGGAGCCGUUGAGGCAGGAAGCCAUCUCAGUGUUGAAGUCGUAUGGAUGGCAGAAGCAAGCAUUGACCGAGCUGCGACUGAUGGACAGUUGCCUCAAAGAGACUCAGAGAAUGAAGCCAGUCCAGCUUGCCUCCUCCAAUCGUCUCGCCACCCGUAACGUCACCCUCCCUGACGGCACCUUUAUCGCCCGCGGCGAGGUGGUCACCUUCUCCGCCCACGAUCAUUUCAAUCCAGACAUAUACCCCGAACCCGAGAAAUUCGACGGCUACCGGUUCUUGAAGCGCCGCGCCAUACCCGGGCUGGAACACAAGUCGGUCCUCGUGUCGACGUCCGAAGAACACAGCGCUUUUUCGCACGGCAAGCACGCAUGCCCGGGACGGUUCUUCGCGGCGAACGAGGUGAAGAUUGCGCUGGUGCAUUUGCUGUUGAAGUAUGAUAUGAAGAUUGAGAAGCCCGAGAUGGCUGAGUGGUUCACUUUCGGGGCCAACACGAUAGCGAAUUCGAAGGCAAAGAUUUUGGUGAGGAGAAGGGAGGCGGAGCUGGACCUGGAGGCGUUAGCGAUGGCGGCGGAGGAUUGCGGUGUGGAGGAACGAGGCGCGAAGGAACGAGGUGUCGUCGCCUAG